AUGGCUUUUGAAGAACUAGGUGGAGGCUUUGAUGUGCAACACGUCUCAUCGAAAACCUCGAGCUCUACAUCUACUCCUGUACGAAAACGUCCCCGCCGCCGGGUAGAGGUUACGUAUCUCCUCCGCCUCGAACAACCUUUGCCCACACCUCGAGACGUAGCCAACGCUCUCGGCCUUUCUUUUGUACCACAGCUCGAACUUGGAACAACGGAAGACGGUGCAGCGAGCUUUUGUCGGCUCUCCCAAUCACGCAUCGACGCCCUUGAUUCAUAG